AGAGAGAAAUCUUGGAGAUAAAACCUUAUCAUUGAAACCAAACCGCUUUGAAGAAGGAAAAAGUAGGAAAAACAGAGAGAAAAGGGAAACACAGCUAAAAGCUUACACGGCUAUGCACAUAAUGAAUAUAAAAGGUGUUGUUCUGCCAUAAUUCUCACUCCUCUCCAGAUUUCCAAUUUCCAGUUUAGAGAUUGAGGACCCUCCAGUGGAUGACAGCAUGUAGAUAAAAGAGCCCUCGGCUUUAGCAUCAACGAGCCAGAUCUUGUGGGUGAGACCUUGAUCAAAUUCUUUCAUCCUUCUCUGUUUUAACAAGUGUUUGAUCCUCUGUUCUUUGUCCAAAGUCAAAGUCUUUCAUAGUAUAAGUCGAUUGAUUCUCUUGCAACCUCAAUUAAGUGCCAUGCAUGAUUCAAUUGGAAUUCCUGCUUGUUUUUCAUCCGGGGAGAGGCCAGCUGAUGACCCAGCAAAUGUAAUCAGGUCAGGUCAGAGUGUAUCUAUGUCAGUAUAUCUAACAAAGAUUGCCGGUCAGUGUCGUCUGAUCAACAUAACAUGGUGUAAGAACGUGUUACAACAUGGCCUAUAUGUUUCUGUUCGAGGACCAGAUGGAGAUGAGCAUCAUCGGUGCAAGGUCGAGCUCAAGGCUUGGUAUUUUGGGAGGAAACAAGGCUCAAAGCAUUUUGUGAUUGAUGGUAAAACAGUCUAUGUGUUUUGGGACCUUAAAGCUGCAAAAUUCAACAGCGAGACUGAGCCACAAUCAGAUUACUAUGUUGCCAUUGUUUGCGAAGAAGAGGUGGUUUUAGUUGUUGGUGAUCUAAAGAAAGACGCCUUCAGAAAAACGGGUUGUAGGCCAGCUCUUAUCGAACCCACUUUGGUUUCAAGGAAGGAGCAUGUGUUUGGCAAAAGGAAAUUCUCCACAAGAGCCAAAUUUCAAGAGAAAGGUAAUGUUCAUGACCUCUCAAUUGAGUGUAAUAGCGCUAUCAGCAAUGAGAACUCUUUAGUUGGGUUUGAUCCAAAAAUGGAGAUUAGGGUAGAUGGGAAUCUAGCAGUUCAUAUUAAGCACCUUCAAUGGAAGUUUAGAGGUAACGAGUGCAUCAGUGUAAACGACACUAAAAUAGAAGUUUAUUGGGAUGUCCACGACUGGCUCUUUAGCUCUGGUACAAGGCAUGGUCUGUUCAUAUUUAGGCCAAUUUCAUUAUCUGUACCUCAGUCAUCAACAUCAGCACCGUCUUCUUCACCUACAUCAACACAUUUGUCAAAUCAGGAAUCCAAUAUUUCUGCUUCUGGAGAUGAAGAUAAGGCAGGUGGGUCUUCCAGGUAUUCCUUGUUUUUCUAUGCCUGGAGGGUAGAAUGAAUUUGCAGAGUGACCUCUCUGGUAAUCACCAUCAUCAACGUCACAAAAAACACAGGCAUAGCCAUGUAGUUGAAGACAAAGAUGCAUGUUCCAAGUUCAUUGAAAUUUUAAAUGGUGGUCUUUGAAUUGAGCUCUCACAAAGAGGAAGUAGAGAAAGAGAAAGUUUGGUCUUUGGAAGCUUAAUGACCAACACAAAGGGCCCAAAGUGAGUUGGUGUCGUGGUACGUAUCUAUAGCUGGGAUUGAAUAAUAUGGACAUGAUUGGACGUGCCAGAUUGGAUCACAUCCAUCUGCUAAUAGUUUGAUAAUUCUCCAAUCCCCAUUACCCAUCGUUAGUUGCUCUAUUAUGAUGUGUGUGUUUUCUUUUCUUUCUUUUUUCUUUUCUUGAGUAUCCGUCCAGAGGAAAAGGUUAAUGAAGACCCAUAUAGGUGACAGAAGCACCAAACAAAAAGAGCUUGGAUAUAUAUGUGUGAUGUAUAUAUUGAUAUUGUAUAAACUCUUCUUGUUAUUGUCCUAA